GUUUCAAGGAGAGCCAAUGAAUUUACGCCCCCAAUAUGGUCCUCCGCGGCUUUCCGUAGUUGUCCCGGAAGUGACCUCGGAGGGCUAAGUCCGGUCGCCAAAAGGGCCGAGGGAGAAGAAGGAGAAAGAGGAGGGAAGGAUGGAUGCCUGGGUUCGGUUCAGCGCUCAGAGCCAGGCCAAGGAGCGGGUCUUCAGGGCUGCCCAGUAUGCCUGCACUCUCUUGGGCCACACGCUCCAGAGGAACGGGGCCAGCCCCACUUUCCUGGCCAGCGUCAAGCGGCUGGAGGCCCACCUGAGCCUCGGCCGAAAGCUGUUCCGGCUGGGGAACUCUGCAGAUGCCCUGGAGGCGGCCAAGCGGGCCAUUCACCUCUCAGACAUGGUCCUCCGCUUCUGCAUCACAGUGAGCCACCUGAACAGAGCCAUGUACUUUGCCUGUGACAAUAUCCUGUGGGCAGGGAAGUCCGGCCUCGUCCCCCACAUGGACCAGGAGAAGUGGAGCCAGAGGUCCUUCAGGUAUUACCUCUUUGCACUGAUCAUGAACCUGAGCCGGGACGCCUAUGAGAUCCGGCUGCUGAUGGAGCGCGAGGCGAAUGGGAAGCCCCAGAAAGGCGUCCUGGCCGGCAGCGGAGACAGCUGCCCCCGGCCGGGAGAAGACGGCCGCCUCCAGCAGCUGUCCUUGCGGUUGAAGCUGCAGCUCCGGCUGCUGGGGCGCGUGCUCAGGAACAACCCCCCUCUGCUCCUGGACCUGGCCAAAAACGCUUGCGACGUCUUCAUCCCCUUGGACAAGCUGGGGCUGUACAAGACCGGCGCGGGCUUUGUUGGCCUCUGCGGCCUGACGUCUUCCAUCCUUUCCAUCCUCGCCAUUGUCUACCCCUGGCUGAAGCUGAAGCCUUGAAAGGAGCCGGGAGGGCAAGCAGACAUUCGAGGAGGUGGUCCGUGCAUAGUAGCGCUUCCAUGGGAUGUUAAGUGACUUAGUGGUAGGAGCCAACCAGUGGCCACUUUGGGUUGCGUGGAUUCUUGCACCGUGGGGACUCAUGCCUGUUGGGUUUCCAGGAACGUCUCCUUUCUCUUCUUAUGUGGAGGGUAGACACUCCCUGGACUUUCUCACUGGUUACUUGACUCCCGUGGGCCUCUGGACUAGAGCCCUUCUAUGCAGAUAGUCCUCCACAUCCUGGCUGCCCCAAUUCCUGUUCUCUUCUGACCCCAUUUUCCACCCACCAAUAAUUCUUCUCCGAUUCACUCAUCCCUUUGUCUGUUCUUUUAACCCGCCUUGGGCUGUGGCAGUGUUGCAACCAUUUGUAAACUGUGGGGAGGUAUCUUUCGUUGGCCCAGAUUAUUCUAGUUAGGCCAAGGGAGCAGGAGGAGAAGUGGUGAUAUACAUGUGCCAGCAAGCUUUGUGGUCUGCCCAGUGUGGGACCCAAUGAACCCAUCUUGCUGGGCAUCUAAGUUCUGUGUCUCAUUUUCUGGGGGCUGGAAGUGUGUGCCCUGGUGUUAGGACCUUUUCGAACUGCAAAAUAAGUCCACAACGAGCAGACAGACAUUUUUGUUUUAUGGGCAGCAAUGCCACCCGUGUAAAAAACAUUAACAAAUACACACAGAAGUUUUGGGACUUAGGCUACACCUUGGUCUUUGUAACCUCUUCUUCCUCAGAUGACUUCUAACAAUCUGCCCCCAUUGCCCACUUCUCCCUCCUUUUAAUAAACCUAACCUUUGAUGUUUUGGGGGAUGCCGUCUUCCUGACCGAAGCGUAGCCUAAUCCUGAUAAUGUUUCUCCCCAUUAUUUUCUUGUAAUGAUCAAUAAUGGUUUGUCUUUCUCCGUUCUGAGUGGGGAUGCUGGGUUUGUUCCACGCAGUCUUGGAGCACAGAAUCCUAAACUCUGGAUCGGGUUUGUUCUGCCAGCCUUUGCAAAAGUAAUCAGGUGCUUUCUAAAGUAGAUUCCUAAAGUAACAAGGGCUGAUAGGGACCUUAAGAAGCCUCCCUGGCAGAAGGGAGACUUGGCCAGGGGUACCUUCUCCUGUCAAAUGAUGGGCAAAAUUGUACCCGAGAGGCACAAAGUCUUAAGCAGAGCAGCCCUUUGGCAACCCUCUUCUUGCCUCCUCUGCGGAAUGACUGUUUCCUCAGUUGUAUUACAGAGUCCAGUUUGUGUUGGUCAUAGUCCCCACCUUCGUUGCACCUCUUCAGGAACUGCGCAGGUUGGAUUUUGGCUUGAGAUGCAGCUAUGAAAGCCGCAGGGCCUUGGGCUUGUUGGCAUGGAGGGGUCUGAUUUGUGGGUGGACUGUGCCACUUCAGACCACCACGGGAAAGAUGGAGAGAUGCCCAAACUCCCCCAUGAGAGAGAAGAACAUCCCUAUACAUUAGAGUGGGGAGAGUGAGGCUUGUGGGCCACCUAUGGCCUCUCCAUAUUAUUAAAGUGACCUCUAUGUAGGAUGGAGAGCAUGUCUAUCCGCAUCUGGAGUUCCCUUGCUCUUCCCAGGUGUCACACACACACACUCCCCAAAUUUUUUGCCUCUAAAUGCCCUCUAGACCUCCCAGAAGCCCCUCAUGAGAAUGCCCUUAUGUCUCCUGGAGGGCAUUGCCAGGGGUAAAGCAAUGUUCCUUUUGUUGUUGAAGUGGAUGCAAUAUUGGACAUGGCCUUCCAUGGCCUCCUGUGGGUCUGAGCCUCCCCACAGCCUCAUUCCUUAAAACGUGGCCACUUCUUCCAGGGCUGAAGGGUGCCUCCUCUUCCUCCUCCUUCCCUCUUCCAAUAAAUGACUGUUGGCUUAAA